AUGGACCCAAGAGUACCGCUAGAUGUAGGAACAGGCGCAGGAACAGGCACAGCAAGAACAGACGAGCAGAGCAGCAGCAGUCCGAGAACCACCAACGUCCUCCAGCCUGAAGUUGCACGGCCCAACAUGACUCCGUCAACCGACAAAAUCCUUGCUCGUGAACCCUUGACAUCCGAUGCCAGCACUGACAAAACCACAGAUACAACAUCCAGUGGGUUUGAACCAGGUUCAGUCCAAUGGCUGUCCGAGGAGGAAGCCCGUAGGGAGAACGAGCGUGCGGCCGAAAAGAUCAAGCAAAAGCUGAAACCCCUCUCCAAACUCAAUGCUGUCCGCAGAAAUCUCACCCACUCGCCUCAACAGGAUGAACACCCUCCAGUCUUUUCUGGAAGCCCCACAUUGUCAGCAGACACCCCAACAGAUAGCCAGUCCUCAGAUGUCACCGAUGCCGCCACCACCACCAACGACCCUGCCGGGAAGAAGAGUCGGAGUGUGAGUCUUGCAGGAAGCGCGCUGGAAGCAAGGCAGAAGAAAAAGACUUCGAACCUGAUUGAUCUGGAACCAGCUCGCCUUGUGGACGCACAGACCGCGGCAGGCGACCGGAGAUACUUUCAAUGUCAAGGGGACCCAGAGCCUGAAGGAGAUUUCGUCUACGACUUUUUGUAUCAACACCAACGAGGUGCCUUCUUUCUCGGUACUCCCAAGUUCAGCUCAAAUACGUUGCUACCCGUCGACCCGGACGAGUGGACUGAUCAAACGUUCCAAACAUCUGCCAUGGACACUUCCGACUAUGAGUUACCUGAUCCGAGCUGGGAGUGGGUCCACAAGAGUUGGCUGGUCGACAUGACGGGAGAUGUGGAUGAGGAUGGAUGGGAGUAUGCUAUGACCUUUCAUGGAUCACCCUGGCAUGGCAACUAUGAGGUCUUUCGGUCCUUUGCUCGCAGGCGACGCUGGCUAAGACUUCGCAAGCGAAAGGGCAAAGCGUUAGGAAAGCCAGACUCUCUACCAGAGAGAACCUAUCCUCCAUCGAUUCUAGAGCUCUUGCAGAGUCAAGUGGAUGCUUCAAAUGCCUUACAACAGGAUGCGACACCUUACUCUACAGUGGAUAGAAGGGCAGGCAAGUCGACGAGCACAGGCAAUGACAACCUGUCGCUUCCCCUCGCACCCGCCAAGCGCGUCGAUCUAUACCAGUCUUUGAAAAAGUCGCACUCGGAUCGGGAGAAGCUGGCCCAUGUAGCCCAGUAUGUGGUGCGGCAUCCAGGCGACUUUGAUGACAUGGAGAAGCGCCUGGACAAGUACCUCAACCUCUUUGACUAUGAGACCUCUCGACGUGAGUUCAUCUCCAUGUUGAUGGCGUAUGGACAUGGCCAGAGUGAGGCGGCGAAGCAGGCGGCGAAGCACCUCCUGUUCUUUUCUGACCAGAAGAUGCUUCAACGUUGA